AUGCUUAUAAAUCUUGACAGAAGGCCUCAGCCGACUUAUCGUUAUGAAAAUCUUAAUCUAUCGAAGACACAAUCACCUGGAUUAUUCGAUGAUGAACGAUUAUUCUCACCUGAGCCACAUAAUCAAUCAAAUUUAACAAUAAUAUCUAAAUUACGAAAUAAAAUUUCACCAGAUAUCAAACAAAAUCAAACAACAGCAUCACAAAGAUCGUUAUCGACUUGUUCAAAAUCUUUUUUUAUUGAACCAUUGCAAGAAUCUACAAUUGAAAAUCCAAUAUUGUUAAUAAGAGAUGAUUUAACAACUUCACAAACAUUAUCAUCAUUAACAAGAUCGAAAUCAUCUACAUUUAUGUAG